AUGGCAAGGAUGGUGAACCAGUGCACAGUCGCUGCCCGGCUUGUCCGACUCGUGCUCGGGCUUGCUGUGAUAAGGUCGACACUUGCAUUAGAUGUCUUUGUUGCUACAGAUGGCUCAGACGCCAACAGCGGGACUCAGACAACACCUUUUGCCACCGUGGAGCGGGCCCUGGCAGCUAUCCAUCAAAACGCCACCGCUAGCACCAAUACCAUCAACCUCGAGAGCGGUACCUACUACCUGCCAACCCGUGAGUCAACAAUCAAUAUCAACUUGACCACCGCUGGUUUGAACCAGCAGCAGAUGGUGAUUCAAUCAGCCACACCCCAUGACCCCGCGACCUUGAGCGGAGGCAUCCUGGUGACCAACUGGUCCAAAACCAGCCAGGGCUUCUAUGAAGCUGACCUCUCAGCUUGGAAGCCUCGGCAGGUCCUGCAACUUUGGGCCAACAAUAAACGCCAGCGCCUCGCACGGACCUCAACCCUGACAUACCUUGCAGCCAACGCCAAUGGUUUUACCGUGCGUCCCGAGGAUCUCACGGCCGUCCCAGACGAUCUCUCCCAAGCUCAAGCUGUCAUGUUUGAGUCUUGGACAGCCAGCAUCCACACUCUCCGUAGCAUUGAUCGAUCAUCCGGCAACAUCAGCUUUUACACACCGUACAACGCCCAAUGGGCUUCGUCCGCCGCCGGUGCUCGCUUCUAUUUCCAAAACACCAUGGAGGCUUUGGAUCAUCAUGGCGAAUUCUUUUAUAAUGCUUCGACAUACCGCCUCACUUGGUACCCCUCGCCAGAGUUGGACCUGUCAACUGCCACCGUCGUGGUUCCUCUUCUCACCGAGCUGGUGACGAUCAAGGAAGUGCACAACAUUGACUUUGUCAAUCUUCAGUUCCAACACGCUGCUGUCGACCUAUCCGUUUGCCUUGCUACCUCCUGUGACAUGCAGUCGGCGGCCUUCCUCAACUCGAGUGCCCUUCAUAUUACCAAUUCAAGCAACGUCAACUUUUAUAACACCAACAUUAGCCACGUCGGUGGUUAUGCAUUGUGGUUUGACGAGGAUGGAGGGCAUUUCUAUCUCGAGGGAUGUGGUGUAUUGGCUCAGGCCACGGCGCAGACCAACAUUGUGCAAAAUCUGAUCCGCAGAUUCAGCUACACAGGCGUGUCCCUCGGAUGGACUUGGACCUAUGCCGAAACCAGCAAUCGCAACAACGUGAUUGCGUUGAACAACAUUGACACGAUUGGGCAGCACUUGCUGAGCGAUAUGGGCUGCAUCUACCUUCUAGGACAUCAGCCGGGUACCAAGAUUGACCACAAUGUAUGCGCACGAGUGUACAGCUACAACUAUGGAGGCUGGGGCCUAUACACGGACCAAGCCUCACGGGAUAUCACGCUGACGAACAACAUUGUGUAUCAAACAAAGUGUGCCGGCCUGCACCAACAUUUUGGCCUGAAUAACAUUUUCAUGAACAAUGUCUUUGCUGAUGUGGAUACCUGGAACUGUGACGGUGGCAUCCGGUCAAGCCAGCAUGCUGGCGUGUGCAACGCGUCUGCCCCUGAUGGUCCGUGUUCAAGCUUUACAUUCUUCCGCAACAUUCUUUAUUUGAAUGAUGGCCCCGUAUUCUAUAGCACCAUCCCCACCGGCUUUGAGAACAUGACAUUCGACAACAAUACCUACUACAAGCUCGACCACUCAUCGGUAGUGUUCCCAGAAAAACGCAACCUGACUCAGUGGAGACAGCAUGGCCAGGAUAUGCACUCCAUCAUUGCAGACCCCCUUUUCACGAAUCCCAAUCUCGAUGACUUCAGCCAUUUGCGUCCUGCCAGCCCAGCCCUGGCGCGAGGGUUCCAGCCCAUCAACAUUUCCCUCGUGGGUCCAGAUUGGAGUAACUUUGACCUGAUGCUGCCCGAUUCGCUCCACCAACAUGGCGUCGUGACCAUAUAA